AGAACUUUGUAGGAGUGUCUGUUAUUCAAAUCGUAUCUACAUUUUGUGUGUUUUUUAAGGUGAAACCAAAGCUAGAGUUCCAGACGUUGCUGCAACACGCUGGAGCCACUAAAGACACUUUCACCAUGAAGGAGGUGAUGUUCUACCUGGGUCAGUACAUCAUCCAGAAGCAGCUGUACGACCAGAAGCAGCAGCACAUCGUCCACUGCUCCCAGGAUGCACUGGGGCGAGUGCUGGGGGUCGACAGCUUCUCUGUUAAAGAGCCACGAGUUCUCUUCGCUAUGAUCACCAAGAACCUCGUGGCGAUAAAAAGCCAAGAUUCACCACCGAGCCCCAUUGAACCCCAAAGUGAGACUCAGACAGACAAAGGGGCCGAGGAGGCAGACUCAGAAAGCCGCUCUUCAUCACCAGAAGGGCAAGGAAGACGAAGGAGGAGAAGGAGGAGCAGCGGCAGAAGCAGCGAUGCCGGACCCUCACACAGCACAGAGGGUGGUGAAGCUGAGAAAGAGGAGGAGGAGUCAGGGGAGGAAGAUAAUGAAGAAGAAGGAAGGAAGAGGAUGAGGUCUGACAGCUACUCCCUGACGUUUGAUGAGAGUCUGUCGUGGUGUGUGAUUGGAGGAUUGGUGAAGGACAGACACAGCAGCCAAUCGUCAGACUCACACAGCACCUCUGGCAGGUCAGAGAUCACGGUUGCCGCCUCAGACUCGGAGAGCGACAACUUCAGCGUGGAGUUCGAGGUUGAAUCCGUCGACUCGGACGACUACAACGAAGACGAAGCUUCUCUGAUAUCCGCAGACGACCAGGUAUACGAGGUCACCAUAUUUGAGGCGGACGAUAACGACUCGUUCGAUGAAGACACAGAGAUCACUGAAGCUGAUUACUGGCGCUGUGUGAAGUGUGACGAGUUGAACCCACCUCUGCCCGGAAAAUGUCUUCGCUGCUGGACGCUGCGUCAGGAUUGGCUGUCUGAAGCGUCACUCCCGCCAAAGCCCGCCUCCUCCAGUCCCAAAGACCUGCCCACAAAGCCAACCGACCAAUCAGCAGCCAGAGAGACUCCAGGUUCAGAUGGCGAGGAGAACGAAGGAGUGGACGUCCCCGAUGGGAAAAGAUCAAAAGAGACGCCUCUUUUGUCUCAGUGCUUCUCCGACUCUUCAGCCCCAAACUCUGAGGAGCUCCUCUCUUCCUCCCAGCCGUCCUCUUCCUCGCAGCAGAACACUCCUGACUACCAGCCUUCUUCGUCCUCCAUCGACUCCCAGGAGCUCCUCCCAUCUUCCCUCAACACUCCUCGUCCUCCUGCUGGAGUCCCUGAUCUGGAGCGCAGUGUUUCUGCAGAAUGGCGUCUUCCCGACUCCUGUCUGGAUCCGUGUCUCAUUUGUCAGUCGCGUCCGAAGAACGGCUGCAUCGUUCACGGAAACACGGGACACCUGAUGUCCUGCUACGUGUGCGCCAGGAAGCUGAAGAAAAGGAACAAGCUGUGUCCCGUGUGCAGGCUGCCCAUCCAGUCCGUCGUCUUCACCUACAUCAGUUAAAUCAUCCCAGAAUAACAUCCAGCAUCUCCCGGGUUCCUUCCAUCUCAACCAUUAGGAUGCGUAAAGGUUUUGUUCAGCAGGAUAGACACUACAAAGGAACUACAGCACAUGACUCAACAUCCCCAAUGCUAAGCUAAAGGCGGCUAAUCUUUUCAUUCAAACGCAUUUA